AUACGCCACGUUACUUCUCGCCCCCGGGGCAUGUCAAGAACUUCGGCUAUGGAUAUGGCUGUCUCUGUCUAUCAUUUAUUGAGCGCCAUGACACCAGGAGGACCUAGUUUUUCGCCAUCGGCCGCCUCGGAUGCGGGCUUCUCGCCCAGCUCUCCGGCACCCUCGAUGUCCCCGUACUACCCGGCCUCGCCCAGCGUAUCGCGAUCGUAGUCGCCGACGAGUCCCAACAACACGGCCUCGUCGCCCGGGGGGGGCAUCGCCCAACUACUCGCCUUCCAGUCCCAACUAUUCGCCGACAUCGCCGCUAUAUGCAGCGCCCAGUCCGCGGUAUGCCUCCACCACGCCCAACUUUAAUCCGCAGUCGACGGGCUACUUGCCAUCGGCGUCUGGUUACUCACCCACAUCAAACUUCCCCUCGAGUCCGUCGUUUGCGGGCAGCGGCAGCAACAUGUACUCUCCGGGCAAUGCCUACUCGCCCAGUUCGACCAACUAUUCGCCGAAGUCCCCCUCAUACUCCCCGACAUCGCCCUCGUACUCCCCAUCGAGUCCCUCGUACUUGCCCACGUCUCCUUGCUAUUUGCCAACAUCGCCUUCGUAUUCGCCCACAUCGCCCAACUAUACGCCGGCGACACCCUCGUAUUCGCCCACAUCACUAAACUACUCGGCCUCACCCCACUACUCGCCGGCAUCGCCUGCCUACUCCCAGACAGGGGCCAAGUACUCACCGACGUCUCCGGCCUAUUCGCCGCCAUCGCCCUCGUACGAUGGCUCUCCAGGAUCGCCCCAAUACACGCCCGGUUCGCCGCAAUAUUCACCGGCCUCCCCCAAGUACUCGCCCACAUCGCCCCUGUACUCGCUCAGUUCGCCGCAGCACUCGCCGUCGAACCAGUACAGUCCCACUGGAUCCACCGAUUCGGCCACCAGUCCACGGUACUCGCCCAACAUGUCCAUCUACUCGCCGAGCAGCACCGAAUACUCGCUGACAUCGCCGACGUACACGCCCACGGCACGCAACUAUUCACCCACUUCUCCCAUGUACUCGCCGACGGCACCAUCGCACUAUAGUCCCACCAGUCCAGCGUACUCGCCCAGCAGUUCCACGUUCGAGGAGAGCGACGACUGAGCCACGGGGAACCCUGGAGGAGGAGGACGAGGAGGAUCUGGAGUAGGAGUAGGAGUGGUCUAUAAUCGAUCAGAUCAGAGUUGUGACGCCCAACCAUCAUCCGACACAAAACCGAAAG